CUCCACCUCCCUGCAGCAUGGCGGACGCACCGGCUCAACCCACCAAGAGAAAGCGCGAACGGGAUGCGGAGGAGGCCGAAGCCCCCCGCACAGAAGAAAAGGAAGCAGGCGUUGGGAAUGGUACCUCUAACUCCGUCCGCUUACCCUUCUCCGGAUUUAGAGUGCAAAAAGUGCUAAGGGAAUCUGCGCGGGACAAAAUCAUUUUCUUACAUGGGAAGGUGAACGAGGCCUCUGGGGAUGGGGAUGGAGAGGACGCCGUUGUGAUCUUGGAGAAGACACCAUUUCAGGUGGAGCAGGUGGCCCAGCUCCUGACGGGCAGCCCUGAGCUUCAGUUGCAGUUCUCCAAUGAUAUCUACAGCACCUAUCACCUGUUCCCUCCAAGGCAACUGAGCGAUGUGAAGACCACCGUGGUCUACCCUGCCACAGAGAAACACCUGCAAAAGUACCUGCGCCAGGACCUCCGGCUGAUCCGAGAGACAGGAGACAAUUACAAGAACAUCACUUUGCCCCACCUGGAGUCCCAGAGCCUCAGCAUCCAGUGGGUAUAUAACAUUCUCGAGAAGAAGGCUGAAGCCGAACGGAUUGUUUUCGAGAACCCAGAUCCCUCCAAUGGCUUUGUUCUCAUCCCUGACCUCAAGUGGAACCAGCAGCAGCUCGAUGACCUGUACCUGAUUGCCAUCUGCCACCGCCGGGGCAUCAAGUCACUGAGAGACCUCACUGCAGAGCACCUGCCACUGCUCAGGAACAUCCUCCAGGAGGGGCAGGAAGCUAUCCUGCAGCGCUACCAGGUGAAAGGGGACCGCCUCCGGGUGUACCUGCACUACCUGCCUUCCUACUACCACCUGCAUGUGCACUUCACAGCCCUGGGCUUCGAGGCCCCUGGCUCAGGCGUGGAGAGGGCGCACCUGCUGGCAGAGGUGAUUGAAAACCUGGAAUGUAACCCGAAGCACUAUCAGCAGCGCACCCUCACCUUUGCCCUCCGGACUGAUGACCCCCUGCUCCAGCUCUUGCAGGAGGCCCAGAAAAGUUGAGUGGACCCAGGAAGUGUCAGGACAGCACAGAUGUGUGGGGACUGGGGGGAAGGACUGGGCAGGAAGAGGCAUUUUUAUCACCUAGUGAAAUGUUUUUUUAAUGUAUUUUUUACUAGUUUGUUCCUAGCGUGUGAAUAAAGCGUUGGGCUCAUUGAGUGUGGACUGAUCGCAAUUUCUGGGGAAGCAUGUGGGGUGGGCAGAACCCAGUGGGAUGUUCUUCUCGAGAAGAGAGGAGAGUCGUGGGGUAGUUUAGCUGAUGUGUGAUGGCCACCCUGGGAGGUUUCCAGAGGCUUCUCAGAAUCCCUCUGCUCACUGUCCCUUGCUGAUUUCCUUGUCCUUUGUCUGACUGUGCCUCCUCGGGUGUGCCUACCUUCCUGUUUUGCUACCAUGUCCCUCUUCCUUCUUCCCAUUUUCUGUGCCUUCCAAAUGUGUCCGGGAGUUCCCCCCAAACUACAAAAUACAAAGCCUUUAUGAAAAUAGAGAGUUUUGGGGGUGGCACUUCUCCUUUCCUGCUUUGAUGCUCGGUCAUACCCCACCACUUAUGAGUCAGCCCUGUCGAUAAACUUGUUGACACAGAUGGAGGGCUGACGCCUGCGUGUGGGAGAGUCUUGGUAAGAAUCAGAUGGUGCAAGCCCGAAACGCCUGCCCAUGCCUGUUAUUUGGUCAGCAAGCCCCUGUCCUUGAGUUCACUAUCUAGGCAGGGAGACAAAACAAAUUUGCACGAAGCAGCCAGGAGAUCAAGUAUGAAACACUGUGUCAACAAGGGCAAAAUGAUAUGGUUAUAGUUGGAUACAAAAGCUCUCAGGGGCCUUAGGCUCAAGGUAUGGUCAGUGUCACCGGUCCCUGUUCAUAGAAUGUUGAGGCCAGGGAAGGGGCCUCACAGUGCUGGAGACUGAUGGCCUGUUUGGGAACUGUUGGGGGGUGGCCUAGGAAGGGUGAAUCUACCCUAGCUCCAACAGAACAGGGACAUAGCAUGCAGGAGUAACUCCUUCCAGGGAGUCCCUGGGUGAUGCAAAUGGUUAAGUGCUCGGCUGCUAACCAGAAGGUCAGAGUUUUGAGUCCACUCAGAGGUGCCUUGGAAGAAAGGCCUGGAUGUGGGAGGGUUUUAAUAAGAAUCAAAUUGGUGAUGAUCUACUUCCAGAAAACUUUCUGGAGCACAAAUCUCCUCUGGCCCACAUGGGGUCACUAUGCAUUUGGGUUUCCAUGAAUCGGAGUCAACUCAAUGGCCACUGGUUUUAAUUCUUUCUAGCACAAGGACAAAUGUAUCUAUCAUGCUGCCAGAGAAGGGGCUGAUAUUUGCCAUGGAGUAGGGUGAGACUGCGGAGUAUCAUGUCUUGCUCAGGAAAUUCUCAGGGAGGUAGGAUGUUGGGUUCUCCCUCAAUGAUCAGAGGAAAGCAUAGGCAGAGAAAGGGGGCUGCUUUCUACAUUCCCUGGACUUAGACCAGGAGACCUUGGUUCAGAUUCUAGUUCUACUCAUUUGCUAAUCAAAUGUUUAUUGAGUCUUACUGUGGACCAGGCAGUGCCCCCCCUCAAAAAACCCAUUGCCGUCAAGUAGAUUCCGACUCAUAGUGACCCUAUGGGACAGAGUAGAACUGCCCCAUGGAGUUUCCAAGGAGCAGCUGGUGAAUUCAAACUGCCAGCCUUUUGGUUAGCAGCCAAACGCUUAACCAUUGUGCCACCAGGGCUCUAGGCAGGCCCUAGACCCUGGGAAAAUGGUGAACAAGCAGCCAAAAGUCUCUGCUUCCUAGAGCUGAUAUUUACCCCAGGACACUGGACAAGAUACAAGGCAUCCCAAGUCUGCUUCUUAUCUGGAAUGAGGAUCCCAUGAAAUGAUCUUCCAUAUAAAUGCAAAGUGUUACUGUUUCUUUAUCUCAGCCUCUGGUUUACUGAUUGACUCUUGAGCCAGGCAUCACAGUACAUGUUGUGGAUACAGAGAGACUACAGCAAAACCUGUACCCUCAAGGCCCCCUCAGUCUUGUAGGGAAGGCAGGCAAGCUAACAGUUAAAAGAGAAGAAAAUAAUGCAUGUGAAGCUACCUUGAAAACAGUUACAUAUGAGAGCUGAUUACCCUAUAAAGACUUAUUAAGAGCGUGUUUGGCAACUUGGAAGUACAGGGCACAGUGACCCACCUAGGGCACCUUCAGUAUGCGGCUGCAAUGCCGUCAAGCCUCCCUAAGGUGAAUGAGGCUUAGAGUGUGAUGAGCCUGAAGGUGACCCAGUUGCCUGGAGGGGCUGUCGCCUUGGGGUGUGUGUCCACUUCCACAUCCGCUGCCGUGUUUCUCCUGGAGAUCUCAGCAGCAGGAUACUGGAUGGUUCUCAAUGAAAACAUCUGCCAGGCUUCAGGCAGGGGCUAUCUUUCUUGGUGAAUUGAAAAAUAAGAGAGAUGAGGUCUUGUUAUGAGUUAAAUUAUGCCCCCUAAAAAGAUAUGUUGGAGUCUUAACCCCCAUACCUGUGAAUGUGACCUUGUUUGGAAAUAGGGUCUUUGAAGUUGGUAUCAGUUAAGUGAACAUGAGGUCAUACUGGAGUAGGGCAGGUCCUUAUAAAAGGAGACAGACGGACAAGGGGAGCUAUGCUGCUGCAAACCAAGGACUGUCUAGAGCUACCAGAAACUGGGAGAGGCAAGGAAGACUCUUCCCCUAGAGCCUUGAGAGACUACGCCUUCUGCCAACACCCUGGAUUCAGGCUCCCAGCUUCUAGAACUGUAAGACAAAAUACAUUUCUGUUCGCCACUCAGUUUGUGAUACUUUGUUAUAGCAACGCAUCGAAACUGAUACAAGACUGAAGAGCAGACCUCUUCUGAACUGUCGUGAAGGUAAAUGAAGCUGGGGGAGAGGAGUAAAGGAGAUACAGUCCCAGAGAGGCCCUUUCUUUUCCCUUUUUUUAUUGUGCUUUAAGUGUAAGUUUACAAUUCAAGUUAGUGUCUCAUACAGAAACUUAUACACACAUUUUUAUGUGACCCCAGUUGCUCUCCCCAUAAUGUGACAGCACACUCCUCUCCACCCUGUAUUUCCUAUGUCCAUUCAACCAGCUCCUGUCCCCCUCUGCCUUCUCAUCUCACCUCCAGGCAGGAACUGCCCACAUAGUCUCAUG